AUGUCGAAGAAUAAGUCCAUCGAGGAGAGAUACCAGAAAAAGUCGCAAAUUGAGCACAUCUUGCUGAGGCCAGAUACGUACAUAGGAAGUGUGGAAAUGCACACGCAGCUGCUAUGGGUAUGGAACAAGGAGCGAAAUAGAAUGGUUCAGAAGAAUAUCACGUACGUUCCAGGGUUGUAUAAAAUAUUUGACGAAAUUAUAGUGAAUGCAGCAGACGUAAAAGCAAGGGAAAAAGAAAAAACUGAAAACCCUAUGACCUGUAUAAAAAUUGAAAUUAAUAAGGAACAAAACAAAAUAAGUGUGUACAACGAUGGAGAAGGAAUACCAGUAGACAUACAUAAAGAAAUGAAUAUUUACGUACCUCAUAUGAUAUUUGGGGAGCUGCUCACUUCAGACAAUUACGAUGAUGCGGAGGACAGAAUUACAGGUGGAAGAAAUGGAUUUGGAGCAAAGCUCACAAAUAUAUUUAGUAAAGAAUUCAUGGUGCAGUGUGGAGAUAGCUCGAGAAAAAAAGAAUUCAAAAUGGUGUGGACAGAUAAUAUGUCUAAGUUUUCUGAACCACAUAUUAAAAAUUAUAAUGGAAAGGAUUAUGUGAAGGUCACUUUUAAACCUGACUUGGCUAAAUUUGGAAUGACCGAAAUGGAUGACGAUAUAGAAAGUUUGCUGUGCAAGCGUGUGUAUGAUUUGGCCGGUACGUGUAGCGUUAGGGUUUAUUUGAAUGGGAACCGGUUAGGCAUUAAGGAUUUUAAAAGUUAUGUCGAUUUGUACUUGAAGGACAAUGCUGGGGUGACUCCCCCAAAGGGAGGCGCAAACGCUAAUGCAAAUGCCAAUGGAAACGGUAGUGCAGACGCGAGCGCUAACCAAACGACGCAAAAUCUAGAUGCAAGCGUUUCGCAGGAACCUGGAGAAGGGACACCCAGCAAAAGCAAUGCUGCAAAUGGAACGCAAAAUAAUGAUGAGGAGGAAAUUGUUAAAAUACACGAAAAGCAACAUCGCUGGGAAAUUGUCGUAUCUAAAACAGACGGUUCGCAGUUCCAGCAGGUGUCUUUCGUCAACAGUAUAUGUACCACGAAAGGAGGAUCCCAUGUGAACUACAUUGUAGAGCAAUUAUUGAAUUCGCUUAGUAAGAAGGCGAACGCAAAGAAUAAAGGAGGAAUGGAAAUAAAGUCAGGACAUAUAAGAAACCACUUGUGGGUGUUCGUCAAUUGCUUAAUCGUUAACCCAACAUUCGACUCACAGACGAAAGAAACGUUAACAACCAAGCCGGUCAAAUUUGGAAGCAAAUGUAUCCUAUCUGAUAGAACGAUUAAUGGCGUUUUGAAGAGUUCCAUUCUUAGCAAUAUUUUAUUAUGGGCCCAAGCAAAGGCACAAGUAGAGUUGAGGAAAAAAAUGAAGGCAGGCUCUUCAAAAGCGAGGGAAAGAAUUAUUGGUAUACCCAAACUGGAGGAUGCACAUGAUGCAGGUAGUAAACACAGUCAGGAUUGUACGCUCAUUCUUACAGAAGGAGACAGUGCCAAGACGUCGUGUCUCGCUGGUUUGUCUAUUGUUGGAAGGGAUAAAUAUGGAGUGUUUCCUCUUAAGGGAAAAUUAUUAAAUGUGAGGGAUGCAUCUUUUAAACAAUUAAUGGAUAAUAAGGAGAUUCAAAAUAUUUUUAAAAUUAUGGGGUUAGAUAUUACAGAUAAGAAUAAGGAAGAUAUAAAAGGGUUGCGAUAUGGAUCCCUCAUGAUCAUGACUGACCAGGAUUAUGACGGUUCCCAUAUUAAGGGAUUAUUAAUAAAUAUGAUUCACAAAUUUUGGCCUAGCUUGCUAAAGCAUAAAGGGUUCCUAAGUGAAUUCGUAACACCAAUUGUGAAGGUACAGAAAGGGAACCAGGAGCAUUCGUUUUUCACCAUCGCAGAGUAUGAGCAGUGGAAGGAGAGUACCAAUUUAGUGGGAUGGAAAAUAAAAUACUACAAAGGGUUGGGUACUUCUACAGAUAAAGAAUUCAAACAAUAUUUUUCAGAUAUUAAGAAUCAUAAGAUUAUGUUUCUGUGGACAGGAGAUCGAGAUGGAGAUUCCAUCGACAUGGCAUUCAGUAAAAAGAGAAUUGAAGAUAGAAAAUUAUGGCUUCAAAAUUUUGUUAUUGGUUCAUAUGUAGACCACAAGGAAAAGGAUUUGUCUUAUUACGACUUUGUAAAUAAGGAACUUAUAUAUUACUCGAGAUAUGACACAGAAAGAAGUAUUCCAAAUAUUAUGGAUGGGUGGAAACCAGGACAAAGGAAAGUUUUAUACGGUUGCUUUAAGAGGAGUUUAAGAAAUGAAUGUAAGGUGGCUCAGCUGGUAGGAUACAUAGCAGAACAUAGUGCUUACCAUCAUGGUGAGAAUUCACUACAACAGACCAUUAUAAAUAUGGCUCAAACAUUUGUAGGUUCUAAUAAUAUAAACUUUUUAGAACCAUGUGGUCAAUUUGGUAGUAGAAAAGAAGGAGGAAAAGAUGCUUCUGCGGCUAGGUAUAUUUUUACCAAAUUGGCUAGUUCUACAAGAAGCAUAUUUAACGAAUAUGAUGACCCCAUUUUGAAAUAUUUAAAUGAAGAGGGACAGAAAAUAGAACCAAAGUACUACAUUCCAGUCAUCCCUACCAUUCUCGUAAAUGGAUGUGAAGGGAUAGGAACAGGUUACUCCUCCUUUAUCCCUAAUUAUAACUACAAAGAUAUAAUUGAAAAUAUUAAAAAAUAUAUUAACAAAGAACCCCUGAUCCCGAUGAUCCCAUGGUAUAAAGAUUUUAAGGGCAGAAUAGAAUCAAAUGGAAAGACAGGAUUUGAGACCAUUGGUAUAAUUCGCAAAAUAGAUGAUGAAACGUUAGAAAUUAAUGAGCUGCCGAUUAAGAAAUGGACACAGGAUUAUAAGGAGUUCUUAGAAGAGCUACUCACUGACGAGAAGAAUCAACUCAUUUUGGAUUACAUGGAUAAUAGCUCCCAUGAAGAUAUUUGUUUCACCAUUAAAAUGGAUCCUGCAAAAUUGAAGAAAGCAGAGGAAGAAGGACUGGAAAAAGUUUUUAAAUUAAAAAGUACGCUCACAACCACUAACAUGACUUUGUUUGAUCAUAAUUUGAAACUGCAGAGAUACGCCACUGAACUGGACAUCCUCAAGGAAUUCUGCUUCCAGCGACUACAGGCAUAUGAAAAUAGAAAAAGCUAUUUGAUCUCCAAAUUAGAGAAGGAAAAAAAAAUAAUUUCAAAUAAAAUGAAAUUUAUUCUUGCCAUUGUCAACAAUGAACUUAUUAUUAAUAAGAAAAAGAAAAAAGUGCUUGUGGAAGAAUUGUAUAGAAAAGGGUAUGAUCCUUAUAAAGAUAUUAAUAAAAUUAAAAAGGAAGAAAUUUUCGAACAGGAACUACCUGAAUCGGUGGAUAAUGCUGAAGACAAUGAAGAAAUUAUAGCUGGUGUUUCUGUUAAGGAUUAUGAUUAUCUGUUGAGCAUGCCCAUUUUUAGUCUCACCCUAGAGAAGGUAGAAGAGCUGAUCGCACAACAUAAGGAAAAGGAAAAGGAGUUAGACAUUUUAAGAAAUAUAACUGUGGAGACCAUGUGGCUGAAGGACAUUGAAAAGGUGGAGGAAGCUAUUGAGUUUCAGCGCAAUGUAGAAUUAGCCAACAGAGAGGAGAGUAACAAAUUUAAGGUCGCCAGGAAACAAUGGGGUAGUAACUUGAGGAAAAAGAAGAAGAAGAAAAAACUCUCCAGUGACGAGGAAUCAUCAGGUGACUCUUCAGACAGUAGUGAAUUCAUAGUGCAAAGUUUAAACAUUAGAAAAAAUAAAAAACCCCCAAAUAAUAAUGGGCCUAGUGGCACUACACGAAAAAAAUUAAGGACAGCAAAUGCAGGGGCAGAUGAUAAUAACAAUAAUGACACCCCUAUUGUAGUCAAUGGAGAUGUAGACAAUAGUGUAUCUCAAUCCAAGGCAGCUGACGAUGGGGACACGAACCUGUCGGACUCCACGCCGCUUCUUAGUAAAAUCCUAGCUGACGCCGAUGCAGACGUCACCGUUGGAGGUAGCCAUAAUAACCGCAAUAAUAACAAACCUAGUAGUAGUAGUAAAAACUCUAGGAAUAAAAAACUGCCCUGUACGGAGCAGGCCCUCCAUAGUACUGUGCCCUGCGGGGUCGCGGUCCACGCCGAUGCUGCGUCUAACGCGCGGGACCAGACUCCCACCAAACCGCUAGGCAUCCCCGAGAACAUCACCAUUGCGCCCAACAGCACCAUCAACCUGAAUGACUUCUCCGGCAUCCGGAGCAAGUUGCUCGAGCUUGAGAAUAAGAAGAAGCCACGACUGAGUUUGGCCGAGAAGGUUAAGAUGACAGCAACGCAGAAGAAAGGCACCCCCGCGAAGGACACCGGUGGAGACAAAUCCACACCCAAGAGGAAAAAGAGCAACUUACUGGACGCCUCAAAGUCGAAAAAGGGAUCCAAAUUUGAUAGCGAUGAUUCAAGCAACGAUUUUGCCUCAUCGGAUGAGAGUGACAGCUCGUACAACAUAUAA